AAGUACGAUCGCUUCAAAAUUAGGCAAAAUUCUCAGUUAUCAGCAUAAAGAGGGGCAGUAUCUAAAAUACAACCACCCAAAUGAGCACGCGAAGACAGACCAGUCCUCUGAGGAAUCUUCGCCAGAAAUGCGGCGGCAGUUGCACUAGUGACGAUGACCUGCCUGAGGUCAAGUUAAUCACCCAGCCCAUCAAUGGUCUGCAUUACAUCCGGAAUCGACUGAGACCACCGAAAUCCCGAAACGGCAUUUACUACAGCACAGAUUGGGACAAGUCUGCGCUGGUCAGCAAUUUCCAGAAAAGAGGUUGGCUACAGGUGCCCUCCUUUAAUGGCGAAUGGAACUUCUAUUGGGCGUGCACCCAGAAUUGUCGCUACAUCUUCGGCAUCGAUCAUCCAUAUCGCAUGCGAUCAGAUCAAGUCAUUAACCACUUCCCGAACUCCAUUGAGCUGUCGCGCAAGGAUUUGCUAAUCAAGAACAUCAAGCGCUAUCGCAAAGAUCUGGAGCGACGUGGCGAUCCGUUGGCUCAAAGCCAUCCACCGGAUACGAAACUGGGCAUAGGCGGUACCCGUUACAAGCACCUGGACAUCAUACCCAUGACCUUUGUCCUCCCCUCCGAUUACCAAAUGUUCGUCGAGGUCUUCCAUCGCAAUCCGGCCAGCACGUGGAUAGUGAAGCCAUGCAGCAAGUCCCAGGGUGUAGGUAUCUAUCUGGUCAACAAGUUGUCCAAACUGAAAAAAUUCGCAUACGAUGCGCGCACCUUCUAUCCGCAAAUCAACCGGGACACCUGCGUCAUUUCCAAGUACAUCGACAAUCCACUGCUGAUCGGCGGCAAGAAAUUCGACCUGCGACUCUUCGUCCUUGUGACCACAUUCAAUCCGCUCAAGGCUUAUCUCUAUAAGGAGGGUUUCUGCCGUUUUUGCACCGAGAAGUACGACGAAACUGAGAUUGAUAACGUGUUUAUGCACUUGACGAACGUCAGCAUCCAGAAAACGAAUCAAGAGUACAAUUCCAUCCAUGGUGGCAAAUGGCCACUCCAGAAUCUGUGGCUGUACUUGGACAGCCUGCGAGGCGAGGGCGUUUCGGAUAUGCUGUGGAGCCGCAUCACCGCCACCAUCAGGCACUCCUUGGACGCAGUGGCUCCGGUGAUGGCCAACGAUCGUCAUUGUUUCGAGGUCUAUGGCUAUGACAUAAUCAUUGAUAAUAACCUGAAGCCCUGGCUGAUCGAGAUCAAUACAUCGCCGUCCAUGCACUCGACCACCACGAACGACCGCAUGCUCAAAUCGCGGCUAAUAGACAACGUUCUGGAUGUGGUGGUUCCGCCGAAUUGUAUGCCAAAUGAGCACUGGGAUAAAACGCCCAAUCCAGAGUUGUUAAAAAACUUUACCGUUCUGAUGCCCAUUUCGCCAUGUAAGCCCAAGGAGCAAGUCCCCGUUCGACGCAAGGGCAGAUUAUCGAAGAAAAAGAAGUCCAAGUCCACUACUGCAUCUUCAGGUAUUUGCUCAUUUACUCCACCGCCCGCCGAAGGAGAGACCAAAAUUAAAAGGUCUAACAAAGUAGUAAAACGGUUGUGAUGCUGUGAAACCAAAUCCUUACUCGUCGGGUGGUUGUCAAUGAAAAUUGGUUGUUUAUG